CAAAAUACCUCCGCCUCUUUUCCACAUGUCCGGCAUUCCUUCUGACUGAUACUGCACAUUAGCACAACCGAAAUCUCAAACAUCGAGUGCUUUCAUUUCAAUAGAUCGUUUCAGAGCUUAACUAUGACUAAAGACAAUGUUCAAGGAGCUGGCGAGGAGGAGCAGCAGGCCCAAUCAAAGAAAGCCCUGAAGAAACAGCAGAAGGAAGCAGAGAAAGCUGCAAAGAAGGCUGAGAAGCAGGCCAAGCUGUCUGCAGAGCAGCAGGAAACUGAUGAGGAUGACUUUGCCAAGGAUCGCUAUGGAAUCUGUCCUAUGGUCCAGUCUCAGCAGAAACUGGACAGGGCGUUGGUGCGUGUCAAGGAGUUGACACCCGAGAAGGCAGAGCAGCAUAUCUGGGUGCGUGCCAGAAUUCACACCAGCAGAGCUAAAGGGAAGCAGUGCUUUUUGGUCCUGCGCCACCAGCAGUUUACGGUGCAGGCCCUGAUCGCUGUUGGAGAUCGUGCGAGCAAGCAGAUGGUUAAGUUUGCAGCUAACCUCACGAAGGAGAGCAUCAUCGACGUGGAGGCCGUGGUGAAGAAGGUGGACCAGAAGAUCGAGAGCUGCUCUCAGCAGGAUGUGGAGCUUCAUGUGGAGAGGAUCUUUGUGAUCAGCCAAUCUGAGGCCAGACUUCCCCUUCAGCUGGAAGAUGCUGUCAGGCCAGAGGGAGAGGGAGAUGAGGAAGGCAGAGCCACAGUCAACCAGGACACCAGACUGGACAACCGGGUUAUUGAUCUGAGAACCACGACCAGCCAGGCUAUCUUCCGGCUGCAGUCGGGUGUAUGUCAGCUCUUCAGAGACACACUCAUCAACAAGGGCUUUGUGGAGAUCCAGACCCCCAAAAUCAUCUCUGCUGCCAGUGAAGGUGGAGCCAACGUUUUCACCGUCUCCUACUUCAAAACCAGUGCAUACUUGGCCCAGUCCCCACAGCUCUACAAGCAGAUGUGCAUCUGUGCUGAUUUUGACAAAGUCUUCUGUGUCGGACCAGUGUUCAGGGCUGAGGAUUCCAACACUCAUCGGCACUUGACAGAGUUUGUUGGUCUGGAUAUUGAGAUGGCCUUUGAUUACCAUUACCAUGAGGUCAUUGACUCCAUCACCGAGACCAUGGUUCAAAUCUUUAAGGGACUCCGUGACCGGUUCCAGAUAGAGAUCCAGACAGUGAAUAAGCAGUACCCCAGUGAGCCCUUCAAGUUCCUGGAGCCCACACUGAGACUGGAAUACAAGGAGGGAGUGGCAAUGCUCAGAGCUGCUGGGGUGGAAAUGGGGGAUGAAGAUGAUUUGAGCACACCUAACGAAAAACUGCUUGGUCGUCUUGUAAAGGAGAAGUAUGACACUGACUUUUAUGUACUGGAUAAAUACCCCUUGUCUGUGAGACCGUUCUACACCAUGCCUGACCCCAGCAACCCGAAAUACUCCAACUCAUAUGACAUGUUCAUGAGAGGAGAGGAGAUUCUCUCUGGAGCUCAGAGAAUCCACGAUGCCCAUUUGCUGACUGAAAGGGCACAGCACCAUGACAUUGAUCUGGAGAAGAUCAAGGCCUACAUUGAUUCGUUCCGGUAUGGUGCCCCUCCUCACGCUGGUGGUGGCAUAGGCCUGGAGAGAGUGACCAUGCUUUACCUUGGCCUACAUAACAUACGUCAGACCUCCAUGUUCCCCCGUGACCCCAAACGCUUGACCCCAUAAAGAUUGCUGAAGCUGGAUGGCCUCUCAUCUCCCAUACUGACCAACACAGUAGAACCUCUCAGACGUGCCAGGAUGUGGAAGUGCCACUUUGAUUAAUUGUAAUACUUCUCACCAGUGAAUGAUACAGCAGGACUUUAGGGGAAACUAAUAUACUUAAAUUGCAGAAGGGAAUCUGUGUUAACUGUUAAAUGCUGCAGAUGAUGUAGUCACAGAUCAAUGAUGAUCAAAGCAAACUGUUUUAUUAAAACCAUCCUGUAUGUUUAGAUUUUUUUUCUGUUGAUCUAGUGUAUUAUGUUUUUGAGAAGUAAUUGUAAAAUUCUAACAAAUAAUUUAAAACAGCACCUCCACAAUAAAUUUCUAUCCUCU